AUGACAAAUAUAAAUUCUUUGUGAAUACAAAAUUUUAAUAAUAUAAUAAUAAAAAAUAUAGAUAUAUUUAAUUCUUCUAUUACUAAUCUAAUUAUUAUUAUAAGAAUUUUUUUAAUAAUUUUUAUUGUUUAUUUUAUUAAAAAUAAAAAUUCUAUAAAUUUUAUAAAUGAAAGAAAUGAGUUAGAAUUAUUUUGAACAAUCAUUCCUUCCCUAAUUAUUUUAAUUAUUUCUUUCCCUUCUAUAUAUUUACUUUAUUGUUAUGAAGAAAAUAAAUUUAGAUUUAUAGAUUUAAAAAUUUUUGGAAAUCAAUGAUAUUGAACUUAUCAAUAUCCUAGAAACUUUUCAAUAGAAAGAUAUAUUAAAAAAAGAAAUUUUAUUCGUUUAUUAAGUACCAAUAAUUCAUUAAUCAUUCCUAGAAAUAAAAAUAUUCGUCUAAUUAUUUCAUCAAAUGAUGUUUUACAUUCAUGAACAAUCCCUAGAUUAAUAAGAAAAAUAGAUGCUAUUCCAGGUCGUUUAAAUAUAAGUUUCAUUAAUUGUAAAAAAUCAAUUUUAAUAAAAGGACAAUGUUCUGAAAUUUGUGGAAUUAAUCAUAGAUUUAUACCAAUCAGUGUUUUUAGAUUAAAAAAUUAA